CCAGAAGGGCUGAUAGCUCGCAACUCGAUUGUGUGCGCAUCAUCAGCAUCAUCAUCCUCAUCCUCAUCUCCGUCCCCGCUCCAGUCCCUGCAUCGCAGAACAGAAGAAGACUUCCGCGUCCCGCCCGUCGUGUCCUGCAUACACAAUGACCUUCAGGUCAUCGAGGUGAAUGCGCGUCAGUUCCAUCGAUUGUGUUGUUCCUGUGAGAGCCACCAUGGCCAAAACCGCCACUUCAUCCGGGGAAUUAGCAGGCGAAAAGAUGGCGCCGCCGUCCAUCACUCUGCUUCCUGACAAGAGAUCUCCGACUAACGGUCACGGCUCUCCAGCCCGGACUGGAAAAACUACUCCAUCGAGCACAGAGAGGAAGCCCCAAAUGAACGGACAUGCGUCACCGUCACACAUCAAUGGCAACCACGCAGCCGUGGAAGGUUACAUGAAGGCCGACGACAGGAUGCGACAAGCCAAAGAGAGACGUGAGGAGAGGGAUAAAGGCCUCGUGGCCAGGGAGCAGCUGAUCCUGGAGAAGGAGCGCCGAGCCCGGCUACAGUACGAACGCACAGUGGAGGAGCGCUGGAGGCGUCUGGACGAGCAGAGGCAGAAAGAGGAGCUCCGCAGAGCCGCGGUGGAGGAGAAGAGGAGGCAGCAGCUCGAGGAGGACAGGGAGCGACUGGAGGCCCUGAUGAGACGCUCCCUGGAGCGCAGCCUCCAGCUGGAGCAGAGGACCAAGCGCUGGAGCAGAGGCUGCCCCGCGGGAGCAGGUGACAGUGAGAAUGCCCCACUCCCUCUCUCUGCUGCCUCCGCCUUUUCCCAUGGCAUUGCCUCCCCCCUUCCUGCUGUCAGCGAAUCUGCACCCUGCAGCCCUCACAGGUCACCUUUCCGCGGCGCCCUGAACCCCGCGGAUCACAACAGAGCUGGACUUCACGGAGGCUCUCAGUCCACUCCCAACACCCCCAAGAAAGAGCGGCUGCGCAGAGAGAGGAGAACUGCGUCUCCGGGUUGUGGAUCCCCUUUGAGGAGAUCUGAAUCCCCUGCAAGUGUCACCAGGCACGUGGCUUCCCCUACUACCUCAAAGCUGGCAUCUCAAGUGCGUUCCAAUUCUCCAAGCAAUGCAAACCAGUACCAUCACUCGCCAGCGAGACCCCGUCCGAACCCGCCGCCCGAUGACAGGAAACCGGAAGUCAAGACGCCGGAGCGACACACUGAACAAGCCAAAGCAGCGAGAAAGAGUUCCGACGUCAACGGCUCGAAUCCAACUUCACAGGACGUGAGAAAUGGGCUCGGCGCCGAAAUCCCCAAAUCCAGAGAAACCUUGGAGAAGCAUCUGAGAGGUGACAAACAUGAGAAAAAUCAUUCGCCCGACAGGAAGAACCACACGUCGCCCAACGGGGAUCUGUGCGAGAAGAAGACGCAAAGCAGCCCUCAGGAUGGAGACAAGAAAAAAGAAUCGCCGGCGUGCGCGUCGGCGGGCAAAGCGGCGGCCGGCACGAUCAACGCAGAGGAGGCCACCAAGUUACUGGCAGAGCGAAGGCGCCAGGCUCGAGCUCAGAAGGAACUGGAAGACAGGAAGCGGGAGCUUGAGGAAGACGAACGACACAGGGAGGAGCAGCUGAAGAGGCAACUCGCGCAGGAGCGGCAACAGCAGCAGGCAGAAGCUCCGCAACCAAAGGGAAAGGGGAAGCAAGAGGAAGAUCUCAACAGGGUGAAACAAGAAGAGGACACCCAGAAGAAGGAGGACCAGGGGAAGCAGCUCCAGAGCCAGGUGGACAAAGAGAAGGAAAAGGCCCAGGUCCAAGCUCAGGGGGACGCCGAGCGUCAGCGACAAGACAGAGACCUGCAGGCGCAACAAGAAGAGGAGGAGAGGCAGCUAAGAAAAAAGAGAAUUGAGGAGAUCAUGAAGAGAACUAGGAAGGGUGAAGCUGACUUGAAGGAGGAGCAGGCGGAGACGAAGCCUGUCUCACCACCAGGUGAAGUAAAGACUGUUCAAAGUAAUGCUCAGGUGAAUGAGCAAACGAUCAAAAAGGUUGAGUUUCAGGUGAACAUGAAGGAAGGUUCCCCGGUGAAGAGAGAGUCAGCGUCACGGGUGGACAAUCGGAAGAGUCCCCAAGUUACUAACAACACUCAUGCAGCGACGCCGACGCACAGCGCGUCAGGCUCCGGACAAACCGGCGGCCGGGGCCCGGUGAGCGGUGUCCUCCAGCAGCAGGAAAGAGCGGUGGAAAUGAAUGUAAACACGCAGCACAGAGCACGCGACCGAGCAGCAGACCACCAAACGAGCACAAAGCCGACCGCAGAUGACAAAAUCUACCAAGGGGAGGGCGGCGUGAUGAAUGGAGCGGUGAAGGGUGAAGGAAGUGCCUUGAAGAGAAGCCAUCAUCCGACUGCCGAGGUAAGCAAACAGCAAAGCCUGCAUGUGUCCGCGGUUGCUAAAGGAGGGUCCGGGAUGGAGGCCAUUAGGCCCCCUGCGGGGCCGCUGCUACUGGGACACCUGUCACCGCCAGUCAUCAAGCUGGAGCCCCUGAAUGUGAGGAGUAUGGAGUCAUGUGAUGAGGUGCAGUCCAUGGAGGUCAGCCCGGCUUCAAAGGAGGAGCUGAUUUCAAUCCAAGAGUUCUCACCCCUCAACGAAAUCCAGAACAGCAGCGUGAGCAACGCCCGGGCCCUCGAAGACCUGAUCGACCUGACGGGCAGCGUCUCCUACCCCAAAACGUCCUCCGGUGGCCACAUUGGCGACUGCAACAAGAACCUCAUUGAGGGUGUUGUUAGUCCCAUGGCGGACUCGAAGCUCGUUGGGAUGCCGUGUGUGUCCCCAAAUAAACUUAGCAUCCAGUAGUGCGUGAAUAAUCUCUCUCUCGCUCUCUCUCUCUCUCGCGCUUGUUUUUCCUCUUUUUCCUUCUCUCUCUGUCACACAAUUACACUCACGGGACGUCACACUGUCCACUGUAUUUAUGGGAAUAGAGCCAUAACUUAGAUUAACUUAAAAUGAACUGUAAACAAUGUCGUACAAUAUAAAGAAACCACAUAUUCUAUAUUUUAAUCUCUCGGCAACCGACAACUUGAUAUAUGUGUGAAGGAUUAGGUUUAAUCUAAACAACUGCAUCCACAACCCUAACCCCAAAAAGACUGGGUUUUGAAUAUUAGACAUUUAAAAAACACAGUGUUGCUAAUGUAUUGAAAGAAUCUCUAAUGCACAGAUUCCUCCCUGGGUAGCAGUUCAGUCUCAGGACAGGAGUGACAAAGAUCAGAGUAUUGAUGACAGUGUCAUCACCUCUGCUUUUCCACAGGCCCUGCUUGGCCUGUGAAUCCAAUUCAGUGUUUGCAGGAAAGCCAAGACUAUUUAAUUGAUCCUGAUCCAUCAAUUUGAGUUCUUCAAAAGUGUUUCUCCGAGGUUAUGUUGUCUGUGCACCUGUCGAUGAGUGAUUCAGCUCGACUCCUUUUCUCUUACUAACUCAGCAAGGUCUGACUGAGGGAUUGUUAAGAGAUGAUUAAACCAAAACUUUUAACUUUUAAAAUCUUUAACUGGGACUUUUCUAACUGCACGAAGGAGGAGGAUAAUUACAAGUGUUUGAAUAUUGAGCAAAUCAGUCAUGGACACAAACAAUGGCACAUAGCUAUAGCACAUGUUUGCUGUAGACUAGAGGUAAUACUUGGAUUCUAUUGUGAAUAUACUUUAAUUGCAUUCAUAAAAGCUUGUUUAACUCCAGUGACUCUGUGGGUUACCAUGCAAAUAGAGCCAUCUGAGCAGCAUCAUGUCAACUAAAGUGUUUUCUGUAGGUGUGCCUUGCUACGUAAAGGGUCUCCAAGGUACAGCGCAAAUGGAUGCAUUAAUCUAUUAGACAUACAGUAGAUUUCUGGCUAUCGAUGUGUAAGUCUCUAGUGCACCGUGGCAGGAAUGUUUGCAUAACAAUCAACUUGUAAGUGUGAUCAACUUGUAAGUGUGCCCUGUGGCUAUAAAGAUGCUGUGAAAACGUUUUAUCCCUCCAUCAUCUGUGUGCUCCUGUGUAGGAGUUAUCCAGCAAGCUUUUCAUAAAGUGACUGAUCAGUUUGUAUUUUCUGUGUCUAAAUGUAAUAACCGUAGAGAUGCCUUAUGAGGGACCGAUUGGUUACUGUUUCUUUAGUGCAAACCCUGAUUGUGAAUCUUUUCUGUUUAGGCUAAUGGAUUGUCGUGUGUGACCUAUGAUACUUGAACCCUGAUUUGACAUGUUUAACCUGUUCCAUGCUGCAACAGAAAUUAGCGUAUAGACACUAUUACGUCAUUAUAAAUGGCAUUCAAAUGUGUGUUGUUCAGACUAUGCAUCAACUGGAAAAACACAAGCUUUAAAGUAAGUGGUGUUUUAUGUAUGUUGCAUACAGCAUUUGAAAGUGGGGAUUGGCUAAAACAUUGACCUAUUUGUUUAAACAGGGGACUGAUUUGAAUUAAGAGCAAACAAGUAUAAAAAAUGACACAGUAUAUACAAACAAUUUAAUAAUAAUUUUGCUCAUACCCAUAUAUCAGAAUAGUUCUUGACAGCUAGCUUAAUUAUUUAAAUUAUGUAAUUUCUGUGGACUGUGUGCAUGGUUAGCAUGGUCAUAACAAUGCUAUCCCAAACAUUAAAAUGUAAAAUGUGGAA